AUGAGCCUUGAGGAGAUGAUGUCCAGCAGUGCUGCAACCAAUGGCCUGGCGAUGACCACAGCUGCAAACACUCUGCUCUACAACAUCCCCACCGAGGUGUUCAAUGUCCUCAUGUUCUGGGUGUACUGUGUCACAAUUCCUGUCCUCAGCGUCUGCGGAAUUCUGGGUAACUGUCUGACAGUAGCCAUCAUAACUCACCACGGGCUCAAGGACACGACCAACAUCCUGUUGACCUUCCUGGCACUGUCUGACCUCCUGUACUCCAUCACCGAGUUCUUGAACUGCACCUCCCUGCUGAUCAGCCAGUUCGACCUACCCCAGGCCUACACGUUCCACGCCUAUCACCUGGCCUACGUCAACACCUGGAACAUGUACACCGUGGCCACUAGCUCAUACCUGGUGGCGCUCAUCUCUCUCGACCGCAUGAUCGCCGUCUGGCUCCCAUUUCAAGCUGGUUCCAUCCUCACGCCUGCCAGAACUACCAUCACAGCUGCCGUCGUCUGCUGCUGUUUGUUUAUCAUUUAUUGUUUUGAUUUCCCAAGCUACUACAUUCAAUGGCUACACUCUAGUGAGUACAACAAAACGAUAGCUGUAGUUUCAUAUUCCGAAUUUCGUUUGAAAAAUACUUCCUUCUUUGCUAUAAUCAACAAAAUAAAUAUGAUCUUUAUCAUGAUGUGUGUCCCGCCCACCACAAUCGUCACUUGUUCCGUCAUGAUCGUCGCUCGACUCGUCCAAUCGUCUCAGCAAGCCAGGAAGAUGUCCAUCAAAUCUUACGCCAGGAGAGUCAAAGACAUCAAGACAGUGAAGAUAAGCCUGGCCCUCUGCGUGUGUAUGAUAACCCUCACGCUAAUCCCCUCCUACUCGAGCACAAUGUUGAUCUACACGGGGUUCCCAGCUUCAGGUAACUUCCAGCGUGUGAUCGCCGCCCUCAUUAACAUACUGUUCCAGGUGAACGCCUCCAUUAACUUCAUUAUCUAUGUCAAGAUGAGUUCCAAGUUCGCCAGCACAUACCUGCAGCUCUUAUCAAUUUGUAUUCGUGUCAGAUAA